AAGAGCCUGCUGCACUCACAAGCAGAGGACAGCAGUAGGUCAGGGGCUUCUGGAACCAGCGUCAGAGCCUGUCACUGAUUCUGCAGGAAAGGUGAGCCCCAGCAGGGGAAGGGAGCGGGCCAGAGAGUAGGAGCUGUGAGGACCUGGAAGAAUUCAGUGCCUGUAAGAAGCUCGCUGAGUAAGCAUGGGAGGACGGAAGAUGGCAAGAGAUGAAGAAAGCGUCUAUGGUUCCGAAGACACCACACAGGCCCUGAAGGAACCCGGGCUGAGGCUCAUCCUGGUGGGGAAGACAGGGGCUGGGAAGAGCACCACCGGGAACAGCAUCCUGGGCCACAGGCGCUUCGUCUCCAGACUCGCAGCCACUUCGGUGACCAGAACCUGCGAGGUGGGGAGCCGCAGGUGGGACAGGUGGCACGUGGAAGUCAUGGACACCCCAGGCUUUUUUAGCUCCCUAGUCCCCAAGACAGACCCAGGGUGCCAGGAGCGAGCCAACUGCUACCUGCUGUCGGCGCCUGGGCCUCAUGCGCUGCUCCUGGUGACUCAGUUGGGCCGCUUCACUGCGCAGGACCAGCAGGCAGUGACCGCGCUCAAGUUCCUGUUCGGGGACAACGUGAUGGCUCGCACCAUCCUGCUGUUCACGCGCAAGGAGGACCUGGGUGGGGACUCUCUGAAGGAGUUCGUGCGCCACACUGACAACCAUGCGCUGAGGGCUCUGGUGUCAGAGUGUGGGGGCCGAGUGUGCGCCUUUGACAACAGGGCAGUGCGCAGGGAGCAGGAAGCCCAGGUGCAGGAGCUGAUGCUGCUGGUGGAGCACCUGGUGCGGGACCACAAGGGUGCCCACUACUCCAACGACGUGUACCACCUGGUGCAGGAGCUGGCUUCGUCCAGCCACGAGGAGAAGCUGAGACGGGUGGCAGAGAGGCUGGCAGGCUGCGUGUGGGGCCGCCGAAGGCGCGGGCUGCUGGGCCGACUGUAUGACUGGGUAACGGCUAAGAAGCUGCUCACAGCCGCUGUGCUGGGCGUCCUGUUACUGCUUUGGGUACUGCUCCCCAGGGACAGGUACCAGGUUGUGGACGAGGUUCUUCCUGAGGCAUGGAAUGUAUCGGACUUGGACCCAUCACCGGACAAUCACAUUCUUUUCUGAUGUCUGUGCCUCCAGGGCCCACAGACUUUCCUUGUGUCCCUCACCUGGCAGUAACCUACCAACCCAAAGACAAAAAUCCUGCCCCCUCUCAUCUCCCCCAGAAACCUGCCUAUGGGACCUGGCCCUAUCUGAGCUCUUCUCUUACUUACUGAAGCCCAACAACUGUUGUUGCUCUUGCCUGUUUUCCACUGACCUCAGGCUGCCUCGGGGUCCUGGAAUCAUCCCUGGUCUCCCCAGGGGUCCAAGAGCCAGAGACAACACAAAGCCUCAGUCCAGACCCAUUUAUUUCAAUUGAAUCUGAAUUGCAUGAAUA